GCUGCUGUGACGCGUGUGCCGGAGUGGUGUAUGGACGUGGAGACCCGGAGGAAGCAGAUGGAGCAGCGAGCCGAGACUGAGAAGCCUCCGGAAGCGGAGGCGGAACUUCCACGAAGUCCGGUGUCACCGGCCGGGGAGCCAGCGACGGCGGCAGCCGCACCAGCUCUCGAGGAGGCCGUGGAAGUUUCAAUGCCUUCGGCCUCUGUGCUGCCCACCGCGGGCUCCACGGCCUCGACCGCGGCCACAGCACCUGCGCCUGCGGCACCUCUGCCGCAGCUCUCGCCCGCGUCAGCGUCGCCUCGCAACACAAAGGCACGCGGGCGGACAUCCACGGCCAGUGCUGAGGCACCACGAGAGAGUCGAGGUAGUGGUGACACCACAGAGCUGGACGAAGAAGAGGAGACCCCUCCGGAGAAACAGGGUGAGCCGGCCCCGGCUGCCGCGGAAAGCCGCAACGAGGAGCCGGAGCUGGCAUCCUCGAAGCUUACCACGGUUUACAUCAACCACACGGAGCCCAGGAGGCUCCGCGAUAUAGAAGCUGCCGCACGGCGAGGGGAGAG